GGAGGGUGCGAAUUAACAACAGACCAGCGUCAUCAUAUUUAAGAUAUCCAAUUAAUAAAGAUAUCCGUUGUAACAAUGUCCUAAACGGUAAUGUCUAGUUAAAGCCGAACUCGAGACUCAGUGCUUUUGGGCAACUUUAAGCAUUGGCUUAAAAUGACAGCUAACAGUGUGGAUCAAGUCGCUGAGUCGCUCACUGAUUUCAUCCGCUCCAUUACAACGGAUGCUUGUCCUAUGGAUGACAUCCCUACAGACAUACCGAGCGGCUUUCCUCAUGUAGACCUGGGAAGCGAGGCAUCAGGAGGUGGCCUGGGCGUGGACAGUGUGUCUAAGGAAAAACGCGUUGCUGACUUUUUAGACCCGAACAGCACGGAGAGUUCUCCUCUCGCCUACACGGGCAAGAUUUCCAUCGGCGCUCAGGGCGCACACAGCAGUUGGAACCCAGACAGUUUGAUCAACUUUGUUUGCGCAGAAGUACAAAGCGCGACACCUGCCCUCACCCCUUUCCCCACCUCCUCUCCCGGACCCACAGACCUCUCAGGGGCUUCAGCUUGUGCCAAAGGUCACGAGAAGGAUAUGGAGCACAUGUACACAUCAGCACCUCCUUACACCUGUAGUGCGGAUGGCUACCAGGAUCCCUCGACUUACCUGUCAACCAGCUCGUGCCCGAUAACUUACCCGCCAGCUUCUUACACAUCCCCGAAGUCCACCAUAGACGGUGCGCUUUUCUCCAUCCUUCCAGAUUACGGAGGUUUUUACCAGAGCAGCAGCCAAAGAGAUGCGCCAGUCUUCCAGGACCGAAAACCGUUCUCCUGCUCUCUGGACUCCGUCAGAGUUCCUCCGCCUCUCACUCCGCUAAACAUGAUCAGAAAUUUUACUCUUUCGUGUCCCGUGGACGGAUUGAGGCCACCCACGGACUCCAACCCUCAGAGUGUGCCGCUAAGACCAAUUCUGCGCCCGAGGAAGUACCCGACCCGGCCGUGUAAGACCCCGGUCCAUGAGCGGCCGUACCCGUGUCCAGCGGAGGGCUGCGACCGCAGGUUCUCCCGCUCCGACGAGCUCACGCGUCACGUGCGCAUCCACACCGGCCACAAGCCGUUCCAGUGCCGCAUCUGCAUGCGCAGCUUUAGUCGCAGCGACCACCUAACCACGCACAUCCGCACACACACGGGGGAGAAGCCCUUCUCCUGCGACGUCUGUGGCCGGAAGUUUGCCAGGAGCGACGAACGAAGGAGGCACGCGAAAAUCCACCAGAGACAGAGAGAGAAGAAGGCGAGCGCUCCUUCUGCCCAGACAUCAGGCUCUCAGGGCGCCAUGUGAAAACUAAACGGCCUCAUGAACCCUGACCACAAGCUGGACAGAGGAUCUUGUUUAACACCUGUCAGCCCGAGACGUCAUAUUGUUUAAUGGGAUGUGUCCCAAACCGUACUAACUUAUUUAACCAGGACACGCAGAGCUCUUCAGGGGUUUGUGCCCAGAGCAGAACAAUAAGGCAUCCACACGUUUCCAACCCUCGGUCUUGGAGUACACCCUGUCCUGCAUAUUUAAUGUCUUUCCUGCUCGAAAUAAACUAUAAUUCAUAUUUUAAAAUAUUGAUAGGAAAUUGGUGUAUUAGAGCAGAGAAGACACUACGAUGUUUAAGACGGGGGCACUCCAGGAAUUCGGCUGGGAAUCCGUGGCAGGCCAAUCUUUUUUAUCGUGUGCAGAGUCUUUAGGGUAUAGUGAAAAGUUUGAUCUAACCAAUCAAGGUCCCUGGAAACCAAGGUCUCAAAUGUUAGGAUGGAAGAGUAUCAUUUGAGUAAGUUUGUUAUUGAUUGAAAUUCAUAACAGAAGCAUUGGCGCUUGUUUGCCAACUUUGCUGUUUAACCGUUAUUCACUUCAUAGGCCAUUUUUCAGCAGAAGUUGUUUACAUCUGCCUCUUGGAGAAACGAAGAAAAGAAGGA